AAAAUAUAUUUAUUCCUUACAAAAAAAAUAUAGAUAGUAUAACCGGUUGGCGGGGUUUUUGUAGCAGAGCAGUCGGAAGAGAAAAAUUCAGAUCUGUUGCUUCUCAAUGUCACCGAUAGCCCAAAAGGAAUUGAGAAGAAAGACAAAGAAAUUUGUUGAGGAAGAGGUGGAGGACGAUGGCUGGUGGUGGAUUGUCAAUAACGGAAUCUGGGCUUCCUUCCUUUGCUUUGCUGUUUUUGGGUUAUUGGUGAGACUUGCUGUUUCGGUUCAUCCUUAUUCAGGUGCAGCAAAUCCUCCCAAGUAUGGGGAUUUCGAAGCUCAGAGGCAUUGGAUGGAGAUCACUCUUAAUCUUCCUAUCAAGGAUUGGUAUACUAACAGUACAUCUAAUGAUUUAAGCUAUUGGGGCCUUGACUAUCCUCCUCUCACUGCUUACCAGAGCUACUUCCAUGGCCUUUUUCUCAGAUUCUUUCACCCUGAUUCUGUUUCCCUUUUCACUUCUCGUGGCCAUGAAUCCUAUUUAGGGAAGCUUCUUAUGAGGUGGACAGUGUUAUCUUCAGAUGCUUUGGUGUUUUUCCCUUCAGUUUUGUAUUUUGUGUUUGUGUAUCAUACAGGUCGAAAAAGUAGUCGUAAAACUGAGAUUGCUUGGCAUAUUGCAAUGGUUUUGCUUAACCCAUGUCUUAUCCUAAUCGAUCAUGGUCAUUUUCAGUACAAUUGCAUCAGUUUGGGACUCACCGUUGGUGCCGUGGCUGCUAUUCUCUCAAACAGUGAUCUUAUUGCUUGUUUCUUGUUCAGCCUUGCUCUCAAUCACAAGCAGAUGAGUGCAUAUUUUGCACCUGCAUUUUUCAGCCAUCUAUUGGGUAAAUGUUUAAAGCGUUCAAAUCCACUUCUUGAAGUGCUUAAACUUGGCUUUGUGGUCGUUGGAACAUUUUCUCUUAUUUGGUGGCCGUAUAUCCAUUCCAUGGAAGCCUUUUUGCAGGUUCUCUCUCGUCUGGCUCCUUUCGAGAGAGGGUUAUAUGAGGAUUAUGUCGCUAACUUCUGGUGCACGACUUCGGUUGUUAUCAAGUGGAAGAAACUGUUCACAACACCAACACUAAAGCUACUCAGUUUUGGUGCAACUAUCUCCACUUGUCUUCCUUCAAUGAUUCAGCAGAUAUGGGCUCCCAGCAAACGAGGUUUCCUUUACGGGUUGCUCAAUAGCGCUUUCUCCUUCUACCUGUUCUCAUUCCAAGUGCAUGAAAAGUCAAUUCUGCUGCCUCUUCUACCAGCAAGUCUUUUGGCAAUAGAAGAGCCUUUCCUUUAUAAUUGGAUCACACUCAAUGCUUUAUUCUCAAUGUUCCCUCUACUAGUUCGCGACAAACUAGUUAUACCGUACAUCGCUCUGUUGGGUCUCUUUUCCCUUCUCUACUACGCUUCGCCUAAUCAAAUUCGAGGUACGAAGGAAACAAAAACGUUAGAAUCGAGUCUGAAAGCGUUGUUCCUUGUCUGUGCACUCAUUUUUCAUAUAGUUUACCUAACCUUGCCUGCACCCAAUAGAUACCCUUAUCUUUUCGAAGCUUUGGUUAUGUUGCUUUGCUUCUCACAAUUUGUAUCUCUUGCUUUUUACACAAAUGCUCAACAAUGGAUGUUGUUGAAACACUCCGUUUUGGUAGAUAAAGAAAAGAAACUCCUUUGAGUUUUAACAACACACUCAUCAUCAUCAUCAACAUAGCCCUUUUUCUUGGUGUAAA